AUGACCAAAGAGGGAGAGACUGUAGACCCUAUAAUCGAGGUAUCAUGCAUGAAUGAGAAGAAAUUCACCACUGCCAAGGAUGAUAUUGGAGCAGCAGGUGUAGUGAGUUGGCAAGAACACAUAUUCUUCGAGCCAAGGAAUGUCUAAGUAGAUCAAAUAGAAGCGGCAAAGAUAUCAAUAAAGUUGCUAGACAAAGGAUACUUCAAGGAUGCACUGAUAGGCAUGUACGAAUUCGACGUAGCUUACAUCUACUUUAUGAAGUAGCACCUACUACUGCACAAAUGGGUAGCCCUCUCUAAUCCUGCCUCGCCAGAUUUCAACGAAGUGACAGGCUAUUUGAAACUGAGUAUAACUGUGGCAGCCUCAGGUGAUGAAUAAGUUCAAAUUACCGAUGAUCCAGGCACAGGUGGAGACGAAGAAUCAGUUCUGAUGCCGCCCUCAAUCAAGCCAGAGUACUAUCAACUCAAGUUCAGAUUUUUCAAGGCAGAAAAGUUACCUAUCAUGGAUGCUGCAAUCUUUGGUAAAGGUGGCUCUAUUGAUGCAUAUCUUAUCUGCAACUAUAUGAAUCAAAAGUUGAAGACUAAAGUAGUAACAAUGAAGAAUGAAGUCGUAUAUUGGCAUCAAGAAUUUUGGAUCCCAGUUCAGCUGCCCAUAAUGUCAGGCAGACUGGUUAUGAAGCUUUUCGAUGAGGAUAAGUUGAAGGACGAAAUAGUGGGUUCAAUUAUUUUCAGUCUAAAGGAAUGCAUCAAUAAAAAGAAUGGUCUGUUCUUUUGGAAGAAUAUUUAUGGUGCCCCUAUUGAUAGGUCUGGCGAUAACACUGAUAAGAUGAACAACAACCCUGAUCUUGGAAGCACUUGGAAGGGUAGAAUUCUGAUGCAGGUAGUUGCUGAGAAGACUGACAAGCCUAUGAUAAAGUGUGUGGAUAUGGACGAAAAGACCAGAGAUAUCUGUACUCCCCACACUAUUCCUCAUGAAUACGAAAUCAUUGCUGAAAUCGGAUUAGGUAUCGCUCUGCCAGAAGCAAAGAAGUACAACGUGAAGAUUAAAGUAGCAGACUUUGAAGUGAAGACUGAGAAGCCUUAAUUCGCAGAGAACACUUUCAACAGAUGGAACCAGAGAUUCGCUAAAACUGUCUAUAGUGUGAGCUAUCAGGAUAUCUAUGAUAUGGGCAGAGUCUAUGUCUAUCUAAUGGACGGAGAAAAUCCCAUCAGUUUCACCUCUAUGGAUGUCAGCGAGUUCAUGGAUCCAAAUGCCUAGCUCAAAUGGCUUGAACUUCAACCAGAUCUCGCAGUCGGCAAGGUCAAAGAACCACAUAAGGCAGGUAUUGUCUCAAUCAAGCUGGCUAUUCACGAUAAGACCAAGAAUGGUCCAAUUGAUUUCCAACAAUUCGACUCUUGGAAGAAACCCCCUCCCAAGAGACCUAGAAACUACAAGGUCAGAGCUUAUAUCUUCCAAUGCAGAGAUUUACCUGCUGCUGAUAGUGAUGGUCAGUCUGAUCCAUAUAUCUGCAUAUGGGAUACUAGCAAGACAAUUUAGUAAACCAGAUACAUCGAAGACAACGUGAAUCCCCUUUAUUAUGAAACUAUUGAGUUAGUCUACGAAGCAAACUAGGUCGAAGAUCUUCCCCCAUUUGUCCUCGACAUUUAUGACAAGGACUUCAAUCCCUUAGACUCAGAUGAUUUCAUCUGUAGAGCAAUCAUUCCAAUCAAGGAAGCAGCUGCUGCAAUUGAAAAGGACGAGAUUCCAAGGCCUAACUGGCACCAUUGCCGUCUAAAGGCAGGUGCACCUGAGUGUGGAGAGGUUCUUGUCUCCUUCGCAAUUGUGAGUGAUGACUUCAACUUCAAGACUCCUCUUAAAUACAUGAACCUUAUGGAUACAGUCAAAUUCGAUGAGUACAACAUUGAGAUCAACAUCCUUGGUCUUAGAGACUUGUAAUCAGUCGGUAUUCUCCCAGUUAAGAAGGCCUUCAUUCAGUUUAACCUCAAGAGUUUAGUCCCACCAGAUCUUGGCCAAGCCAUUGAAAAUAUCAAGACACAACCAGGCCCAGCUGGCGCUAACCCAACAAUCAACACUUGCAUUAGAUUCACCUUGCCACUUCCAGGUGAUCCACUCUAUUGCCCUAAACUUCAAUGCUCAGUCUAUGAUAACAUCUUCAAGAGUUUCUUGCAACCCCUACUUGGAGUUUUUACAAUCCCAAUCGGUUAGAUCUUGCAUCAAAAUCAGAGUCAAAGACAACAUGACAUGGAGACUCUUGAUUACAUUCUUUCGGAACUCUAGAAAAUCAUGGAAGAAUAAGGAGCAAUUACCUACAACAUUCAAACAUCGAUCAAUGAUAUUGAAGAUGUUUCAUUCAAAUCAACAAUCAAGAAGCAAAAGGAAAUGAUUGAACAGACUUUGAAUCAGAACAAAAAGGUGGAGGAGAAAAAAGAGUUGCAAAAUACACUCAUGAGACCAUUACUUAACUUCGAUAGUGAUGAUAGCAACAAAAGUUUGAACAAACUAAAAUCUGGAGAAGGAGAAGACCCUAAGAGUCAAGGCAGAACUCCAAGAAAGACCCCUAGAAGUAUUAUGGGUUCAGGCAAUGAUGGCAAGUCAAAGAAGGGAGCUUCUGCAAUAUCAACUGGUCUUGCCUUCUUUGACAAAAGACAGGACAAAGUCGCUCUUAUUGCUGAAAGAAAGGAAGAAGAGGAAAGAAGAAAGAGAGAAGAGACCAUGCAAAGAGAAAAGGAACUCGAGGAAAUGAAAAGAGCUGGUUCUAAUCCAUACAAAAACAUUUUAAAGCCACAAUAUAAACUCGAUGAGUUGCUUAAUGUUCAAAGAGAGGUCAAUAAGCCACCCGAUAGUCUGUACAUUGGACUUGGAUUUGAUGAUGAACCAGGUGACAACAAAAGACAUUACAGAAGAUACUAUGAUGAUGAACUCGAAAACGUUAAGGACCUAAUGGGAGAACCCCCUUUUAUCUGCUAUGACUUAAAAAGAGGUCAAACCAGAGGAGCCAGCAAAGGUUGGUGGCCAUUUAGCGGCAACAAAGAGGAUGAAUCAGGAGCAACUAGUACUGAAUAAGUGGUUGGAAAGUUCAAAUGCCUUAUUGAUAUUGUGAGUGAGGGAGAAAAGAAGGAAUUUGAAGAGAUGAAAGCCUAGAAACUUCAUGAUUUAAAGGUGAAACUAAACAGUCUUUCAUUGAGAAAGAAAGGAAAGCCUCUUGACUUUAACUUUGAAAAGCUUGAUAGUGCUGAGGGCAGAAUGAAGUUCAGACUAGAAAUGGAGAACCUCGGAGUCGCUCACUUGAACAUCACAAAGCAGCUAUCAAACAUGCAAACUGGCGAAACAUUGAAAAGAUUACUUCUUGGCAAAAACAAGUGCAUUGUUAGAUUAUAUGUCAUCAGUGCCUAUGAUCUAUCAUCUAGGGAUAAUGGCUCAGAUUCUGAUCCAUAUCUUAACAUUGUAUUGGGAAACAAAAUAUACAAUGAGAGAGCAAUCUAUCAGGAAGAUGAACCUAACCCAGAUUUUCAUGCAGUCUAUGAUUUCGAAGCAUAUUUCCCUGGAUGUCCACUUCUGAAUAUCUAAGUUUACGAUUACGAUGACUUAUUCGGAGAUGAUCUUAUUGGAGAGACUAAAGUUGAUCUCGAGGACAGAUUCUUCUCACCUGAGUGGCAAUCAAUUAAAGACAAGCCAAUUGAAUACAGACAGCUCUAUCAUUAAUCUUCAAGCAUUUCCCAAGGAGUCGUUAAACUCUGGGUUGAUAUUAUUCCUACUUCUAUUGCUAAUGAAGUUGAAAAGUUCGACAUUGCAAAGAGACCACCAGAACAAUUUGAAGUAAGAGUUUGCGUCUUCGAUACUGAAGAAAUAAAGAUGAUGGAUGCUGAGGGAACAUCUGAUGUGUUCAUCAGAACAUUCUUUGAUUCUAGAGAAUGCACUAAGGAAACUGAUACUCAUUUCAGAUGCCAGACUGGAAAAGCUUCUUUCAACUACAGACUUCUUUUCGAUUUCAGUUACCCAAGAAAGAAGAAUGAUUACAUUUUACAAGUACAAGCCUUUGACAGAGACUUCUUCAAGUCAAAUGAUAUCAUUGGAGAGGGCAAAAUUGACCUUAAAUAAGCAUUUGAGGAUGUGAUGCUCACCAAGAGACCAAUUAGUAUAAAUAAACAGUACUAUCAAAAGAUCUUAAAGGAACAAAACCCCAAACUUGAGAUGAACUUCAAAGAUGACAGCACAUUCUGGAUUCAACUUACCACAAUCGACUCAAACGGUAAGAUUGAGAAAACUGGUAAAGUCAGAAUUCAAAUUGAUGUCUACCCUAAAGCUAUGGCUGAAAACAACUAAGUAGGAGAGGCAAGACAAGAACCUAACUGCAAUCCAUUCUUGCCACCACCCAUUGGCCGUCUCAGUUUCUCUCUUAACCCACUUAAGAUGUUCCAAUAACUUGUGGGCCCAGCUAUGAGAAGAAAAAUCUACUGCUAUUGCUGCAUGAUUGCAUUGUUGGCCUUAUGUAUUAUGUGCUUCCCAAUGAUACUUAGUAACUUAUUGGUCAGUAUCGUCUUCUGA